CGGGAAGUCUGCGAGCUCCCCUGGGAGAAUGGAAAGAGAACCGAUGGCGAUGGAGGAGGCUUCAGCACCGGCCGUCACGAGAUCUGCACUCAGGUGAGUCUCGUCGGCAUUCCUUAAUUGCUGUUAGUUGGCAUCUUUCCUGUCGUUUCGUCUCUGCCUUGCCUGACUGUCCUGAGGACAGCCGGCUAGGCCGCAUGAGCACGACUGCGUCAAGCACGACAGCCGCCAGGGAGUCGGACAGCACCCUUCGGCGCAAGGGCAGCAGCGGAGGCGAAGAUGUGUCGGAUGUCGAGUCGAGGUCUGAUGUGCGGCGGGGCGGCAAGGCGUGGCGAGAGGGCAGGGGGAGGCAUCAGACCACCCUGGCGGAGAUAUUGGCACACCAGGGACGCACCAAUGACUGGGUAGGGAGAAAGGGACGUGGGCUGCUCUGCUUUAGAGCAGCCCGUGCACCUACCUGUGUGUCUGUCUGUGUGUCUGUCUGUUUGUCAGGUGCGGUUCCACAUGGGUCAGUUCCUCCGCGAGUACAUAUCUCACUUCCUCUUCUUCACUCUCGGUACGGCAACAGGCGAAGAGAGAGAUAGAGGAUGGACAGUGGCUGUCUGUCUGUGUGUGUCUGUUGUGACGUAUGUCAGGCCCGCUGUCCCUGCCCCUGCUCCGCCUUGUGUAUGGGUCGUGUCUGGGGCUGUCCAAUCGUGCCUUCAUCCCGCCGUUUGUGUGCGGUGCUGUCGGCCAUGAGCAGACCCCACUGGAGAGGAAAAUCCGCUUCAAGAUGGCCAGGUCACAGUACCUUGACUGGUAUGUAUUGACGGCACACAUACAUACACACAUCGCAUCGAGGCUGGUCUGCCUUCUCGUCCAUCUUGUGUGGUGCCUGCCGGCUUGUUGACCUUCAGGUUUUGUCAGAUGGGGGCGAUCAUUCUGUACAUCAUGUACACGCCUCAUAUACACGUCAGCGCCAUCGAGGUCAGCCCAGCCGGCCAGCAGCGAUCGGAUUCGGGCACAUCCAGCAUAGACAGACAGACAGACAGACACAGACUGUUUGCCUUCUCUUUUUGUGUGUGUGUCGACGUAAUAUAUGUCAUCCAUCGGUCACUGUCACUCUAUCAGGUAUUGUACAUGGUGAUCUGCAUCCAGCUGCGGAUCCUGGUAGUGUCGGUCAAGUACGGCUUCAUGCCCGACUACCAGUGGGCGGCGCGGUCCAUGCAGCCUGUCACCAUCAAGGAGUUCCUCAACGAACUCCUCUUCUAUGGCUGGCUCAACUCGCCACCCGAUGUUGCCAUGGAGCAAGCAAAGGUACACCCACACUCACACACACACGCAUCCACCCACGCAUCUGUGUUCCCCUCACUCAACACGCCCUCGUGUGUGUCUGCGCCUGCAUUUAUCUGUGCAGGAGUCGAUGCAGCGGCUGGGCUUCCCUUCAGGAGCGAUGACGCGUUUCCAGCCCCCCGAGCAUUUGGUUGCGAGCGAGCAGCGGCACGCCUAUGCGCUGCUGGAGCGGCUGGCCAAGAUGCAGCCGACCGACAUAUACUCGAUGAAGCAGGCCGACUACGACAAGAUCUACGCAGAGAGCGACGAAAUGGCCGUCAAACCAGGUAGGAGGUGGGCCAAAUGCAUAUGAAUGGACGGACACUCCGGUAGUACCAAUUGGUACCCUGCCUCCCUCUGUCUGUCCUUAAGCAGAGCAUUGCGGAAAGGCCACUACCAGUGGGCACCACCAGACGACUCACCAGAUGGACGUCGAGAAGGGCCCAGUCUCCUGCCAGAACUUCUCCCCUGACGUGAGCCUCCCAGCCGACAGCGGCGAGGGCGGUGACGUGGUGCAGUACGCCCUGGUGCCGACAGCCAACCUGGUGCAUUUCUUCAUCGUGGAGGCCUCCGGCCACUCUCGAUUCCCCAGCAAGUGGCGGUGGCUGGUGCUGUUCUUCUCGGCCAUCAUCUGUAUGGGGCCCUCCUUCGCGCGCCUGCACGUUGGGAAACCUUUCUUCGGCGGCAGCUGGCAGGCCACGCUGUGCAUCUGCCUCAUCCUGUGGUCAACGGCAUGGAACACCAUGUGGGUGCCGUCCGUAUGUAGAUGUGAUAUAAAUGGGGAGGGUGUGGAUGCGAUGGGUAUCCUGCUGGUGUGGUGUGCGUGUGCAGGUAUAACUAUUUCUUCCUGAUCAUCGCUUAUCGUGAGUUCUCGCGUCGGCGUGACGUAAGCACACACACACACACACAAACAAGCCGCUUGACACGCACUCACCCUUGUGUGUGUGUGUGGGUGUGUGCAGCUCAUGCGGUACUGCGGCUACCUUCUCUGCUCAGAGGGCGUCAGGACUGAGACGCUGCCAAGGAACCUGAGGCUCAUGCCAAGGCAGGCCUACACAUGGCAUGGCGGCAUAGCAAUCAUCGAUUGUCUUUUCCCUCUUUCUCCCAGGUUGGAAUCGUCAGACUCACAGUCGAUUCGCGGCUGGAUGUUUCUGCGGCGGACGCUGCUCGACUGGGGCCGCAAAUUCCAGCUGAGAAUCCAGCUGUACUCGUCCUUCUUCUUCGCCGCCAACCUUAUCCUCAUCCUCUGGCUCGUCUGGGAAAUGCUCGCCGAAGGGGUGAGGAAGGAAGGGAGCGCUCACUGGCCUGGCUAUCAUCUGAUCUGGCAGGCAGUCAGUCAUGUGUCCUCCAUCUGUGUUGUGAAUGUUUGUGACCUUUAGCGUCUGCGUCCCCUGACGGUAGUGGUUGCGGGUGUGCACAACGUGCUGCUGGGUGCGUGCAUGCUGCUGCUCAUAUUCAAGGCCAAGGGCAUCAACGACAUGGCCGCCAUACACUCACUACUCCUCUACGGCCACCAAGUCAGUGAGACUUCACACAUACACAUAAACAAAAGCAGAGAGAGAUACCGUCGCACGCCCUUUCCUCUCCCUCUCUGUGUGUGUGUGUGUGUGUGUCAUGGGUGUCAGGAGCGUGUGACGUCCAUCCUCACGCGCCACGUGUUCGGCAUCGAGGCCCGCCAGCAAGACGCCAUGGCGGCCGAAGACGACGAGUACAACUACACUCACGACAACAAUGACACCAACGAGACAGCCACCGACCCCGCCACAUCGCCCCCCACCUCCCCGCAGCCGCGGCCCUCUGAGGUCCCGCACGCGCACAUCGAAUCAAUGCCAUCUGACCCCUCCCUCCCACCCAUCAUCGUCGGCAAGAGAAACACCGGUCGUGUGCAGCGGUGGGACAGCCGGUCUGCUGCUGGUGGUGGCAGUGGCAGUGGUAAUGGUAAUGGUAAUGGUGGUGGCGGUGGGCUGGACGACACGACGGUGCUGCACCACCUCUACUUGGCUUUGGAGAGGAUAAAGCUGGUCGCAGAGCAGAUCAAGAUAGAGCAUGCGAGGGAGCCCAUCACGCUGCUGGGGUUCCGGGCGGGCCCUGACCUUCUCCGUGUCAGCAUCGCCAUCCCUAUCUUUGGUAAGAACGCUCAGGGACCGAAGAUGCCCGAUGGAUCCAUCACCGCUGUCUGCCUGUCUGUCUGUCUGUCUGGGUCAUGUCAGGUCUGUCUGUCUUGAGCCAGUACUUCUCGAGAAGCUGAUCGGCUGACCACCGACACCUGCAACGCCUUUUCUUCGUUUCGUCACUUUUUGUGGUCGUACACUCACUUACUCUAGCUAACGCUGUGGAGGUCCAUGCUUGGUGCGCGUGUGGGUGUGGCCCAUGGGUGCCGGCAUAAGUACCACCACAAGACGGACACGUGGUCAGUUGGCAAGUGAGUGAGACUUCAAGAGGUUUAUCUUUCUGCUGACAUACUGACCGUCUUGUGUGUGUACUUGUCGGAGCCCAUCAGCACUAGAACCUCUGGUGCGCAAUGCAAUACGUAGCCAUGCCACGACUGACUUGUGGUGUGAGUGAGUGAGUGAGUGAGUGGGUCGGUGUGAUCGAUGUCAUUGAUUCCUUCAUGCCAUGUGCAGAGAGAGAGAUGUACACUCACUACACGGAAAAUGGCCUGGCCUGCCUGUCGACCUGUCGGCAUAGGUGCACGCGUGUACGUCAGUCAUGUCAGAUGUGAGACGUGUGUGAGUGAGACGUGUGAGAGCGACGCCUUUUUUGGCGGGCCUGACUGACUUGGAGAGGCACAGAAGUGAGGGCUUUGGCUGGGGCUUUGGUUGGUUGGGUGCUAUAGGUAUGUCACUCGUUCAGUCGCUGUUGAAUCAUCGUCCGUGUAUGCGGAGUCAAGCGUCCAAGAGAGCAACGGGACCACCAGAUAUAAAAUGUACGCAGCGAUGCACCCAAC